AUGAAACAGAGUGGGAAAAACCUCGACCCCGAUGUCCUCCCUCUCUCCGAGCCCGAGCCGCAACGCCUCCCAGACCGAAUCCUCUCCUACCCUCUCACAAUCCCCUCAGCCCAAGAGGUUAAAACGAGCCCAUAUCGACGACUCUCCUUCCUCGCAUCCCGCCACCCGUACGAAAUACGAGCAUACCCCUCCACCCUCGCCGGAGGCCACGCCGUCGCCCUUGGCUUCGCCCAGCAGGAGAGCGCGCCCGCAGAUAGUUCUCGGCGCUCCAAGGCCGCCAAGAAGGAGAGCUCGGAGGAGAUCAAUGACGAGAUCGUCGAGGCCGUCGUUGCCCAGCUCCAAGCAACCGGGAACCGGCCCCAUCUCGUCAAGGAAUUAGCAGCCGUGCUCGCCCAGCGGUUGACAGUCGUUCAGCACUCCGCAAACCCCUGUGCCAUCAUCUCAUCCCGCCUAGCCUCCUUCUUGAAAAGGACCUGCUGGAAGGAAACCUGCCCCUGUCCUCUCGCGAAGGAGUUGGAGGCCGUUCACCCUAGGCGUACAUACUUCUUCCUCACCACCUCUGCACGCCAGCCUUUCCCAACUCAGCCUCUCCUCUUCACUCUUCCAAAGCCUGUCACAACAUCCCCUUCCAUCUCCGGCGACGAGCUUAAUCUUGACCCCGCCGACGACUCGGACGAUGAUGUGGUAAUAGAUGAGACGGAGAUUAUCUCGGACACAAUCACCCGGAGAGCCAUGAGCCCUUCGCCCGAGGUUGACCUGUCGUCGCCUGAGCUUGAUGAUAUGGACGAUGACCUCGAUACGCCGUACGCGCGGCGCCUCGCCUCCCUAGAACGCGACGAGCGUGAGUUUACGCAAACGGCCAAUGGUUUGCAAAAACGCAAGAUGGGCAAAGAAACCAUCACCAUUCUAGACGACCCGAACGAUUCCAUUCUAAGCUUGGACUCGGACUCGUCCAGGUUCGACUCUAUCUUCUACGAUCACCGGUUUGGGAGCGGCAGCUGGGCUUCCAUGGCCAUGGUGGUAAGCCCCACGAUGAAGCCGAGCCCAUUUGCAAACAAUUUUAGAAAAGACGGAGAGGACAACUGGGGCAAGAUUGGCAGGCUCCUGGACUGGGACCAGACUCCCGAGACCAUGGAACUUGAGGAGCUCGAUGGCCUGCUCGACGCGUACUAA